CAACCCUAUUAGAUGUACGAACAUAUGCAUAUUAUAUACACAAAAUGAAUUUUAAAGUAGCAUUUCUGCUUUUUUAUCUAUUCAUGAUGAGAAACACUUGUGGCAAACCCUACAUAUUCUCGAAAGUACGAAGCGAAAAUACAAAGUUGCGAUGGUGUGGAUACCUCGAUAUUGUGAUGAACGAAAUUUGUGACGAGUUCCCCGACCCUAACAAUAUGUCCAAAAGAACACAUCUGGAUAUUUUCGAGUUGAUGGAACAAUUAGAAGAAUCCUAUGAAGACUCAUCCAAUUAUGACGUAUUAGUUGCCAAUGGAGAAAGCUUUGAAAAUCGUUUAUUGAAUAGCAAGCACAAGAGAGAUGGCCUAGUUUCGGAAUGCUGUCACAACACAUGCUCUCUGAAAUUUAUGCGUGAAAACUAUUGUGUCAAAGCUAAACCAACUGCACUUUUUCAUGUUGAAACACAGUUUUAGGUGGCCUGUUAAAUGAUUUCUUAUUGGAUACCUAUGUAUAAUACUCCCGAAACGAUGAUAUUUUGAAGUACAUUUAUUUGUUCUUGUAGGUAUUAGCUUCAAAAAUACUUGCAUUCAAAUUUAUCACAUAUACAUUAAAACAUUGAAUGUUUUAUAUAGAAUUUUAUUUCACGCCAUAACUACAUAAGGUAUUUGAAAUAGUAAUGCGAAAUAGCAAGAAUGCAUUCAUGAAAUUUAAAGCGCGCAAAGCAUAUGAGCAACCAUGGUUUUUCCGGUUCAAACUCAUCCAUGCGGUCAGUUGUUUACGUCAUCUUUUAAGAAAUUAUAUAGUUUACUGAUACGUCUAUGUAGAGUAAUUCAAUAAUUCCAGCAUAAUUUCUUGAUGUCUUUUAGAAUGUGAAAUGAUCUUUCGCUAGAGAUGGUUGCAAUCAAGACCGUGUUAAAUAUGCCUUCGUGAAAUUUCGAAAUAAACGUACUGCAUUUUUU